UGUUUCCGGUCACGUGAGCGUGGACUGUUUGGGCUGCAGCGCGCGUCUUUUGUUGGCGCGCAGCUCUCUAGACCUGCCCGACCCGCUGACCUCUCCAAGCGGGAACACUACUCUCUCCACCCGGUUCUUUUCCUCUCCAAACCACCAGACCCACCGACCUCUCCAAGCGGGUACCGAAACUUCCCCCGCUAUUUCUCCUCUCCAAGCCGAGCAAAGCACACGGGUGUACAGCCACGGUCGGUUACUUUAGCAGUUCCUGUCCUUCCUCCCCAACGCAGCCAGUCAUGUCGGAUGCCACUGGAACCAGAGGAGAAGAGGUCCAUAGCCCUGGACACAAACACCGCAGCUCCUCCCGGUGGUCACACUGCAGAAAGAGAGGCAUCGAUGGUCAUCUGAGGGCUUCGAGAGCAGAGGACUCCCGUGAUCACACCAGUAGCCCACGCACACACAGCAGCCAGAGAUACUCGGACAAAAGACCGGACAGCUUCACCACUCCGGAGAGCACAGGCCCAGUGUCUCGCUGUGCUCCCAUUGACUGGGACAGUUUGGUGGAGGACAGUGAGAGAGACCAACAGAGGGACAUGCAGCGGUACAGGCGCAGGAUACUGGGUGUGGACACCACCCAUAGAGAAAGAAAGGCUUCCUCUGGCUCCUCAGAAAGCGGUGAUUCCAGGGAAGGUGAGAACAUGGAGACAGACGAGGCGGUCUUACUUCGCAGGCAAAAGCAGAUCAACUACGGGAAAAACACAUUGGCCUAUGACCGCUACAUCAGGGAGGUUCCUAAACAUCUGCGGCAGCCGGGAGUGCAUCCAAGGACCCCAAACAAGUUUCGGAAGUACAGCCGGCGCUCCUGGGACCAGCAGAUCAAAUUGUGGAGGGUAAAACUGCAUAUGUGGGACCCCCCGACCGGAGAGGGCCACCAGCAAGUCCUGGAUAACAUUACUGAGAUGGCGCUGGACGAUGUGAUGGACAUUGAACUGGAAUUCCCCUCCCUGUCAGAACCCCAGCAGACCUUAUCCUCCUCUGCUCCACACAGCCGUUCUGUCCAGGAGGAGUGUGAGGGAACUCCAGUGAAGCUGCACAGAGCUGACUCGGACUGACCUGAGGGAAACUCUCCUGGCUUUUACUUUCAUUUUUACUAAACUGUUGUGCAGAUUUGUGCUAGUUUAUAUGAUUGCCUUUUUAUUUACAAUAGAAUUUAAGUUUAAUGUUCCCAGUGAAAAUUGUUCAGGCUUGUUAUGGAAAGGGUUUGCUUUGGUCCAACUUUUGACAGUUUUUAAUAUUUGACCAUUUAUUUCAAUGUGUUUGUAUUUUUUUUUUUAAAACAAUUUUGUAGAAAUGCUAAUAAAAUAUUAGUGUUUUGUCUUGAAUGCUGAAGACUUGCCAAAUAAAAAAUCCUCUGCAUUUG